GCAUACCUUAGUCGUUUAUGGUUGUUGUUUUGUUGUUUUUAACAAGCAGCGAUGACUUUCCCAGGUCACAAUCCUCACCUUUUUCACUGGAGGAGGCAGCGAUCCACCGACAAGACACAGAAUGUGGACGUCAAUGAUUGGAGGAAGAGAGUGGAGCUGGCCUCUGAGUUUGCUGUAUCAGAAGUCUUUUCCCAAAAGAAGCCUCAGUCAGGAAUCAGCACUCGAGUCGUAUCAUUACAAAGCUCUGACCAGCUAAGAGAUCAUGACGAUGCUUACAGUGAAGCUCAUGCUCUUUUAGGUGAUUGGUUGGGCAGCAAGCUGCGACUGGAGCUGGAGACAGACGAUGACGACGAGCCCGUGAGCGCUGCUGAGAAGACGAGCAGCUGUGCUCAGGCCAGCGCUCAGCCUCCUGCUCUCAACUACAACAACUUUGAUGAUCUUUAUAACCACCUGGCUGAGGAAGAAGAGCAGUCUACCAUCAACAACAUCCUCCAAGACCUGAUGAAGCAAGAGGUGCUGGGCCCUGAGCUGAUGGUGGACCUGGUCCUCGACGCGGGACAGACGAGGAAGAAGUUCAGAGACCCGGCUCUCACUAUGGAAGUCCGACACCAGCAGGUUCGGGAGAAGCGGGACCGGCGGGAGGCCGAGAGACGGAGGCAGCAGAGGGAGAGGGCAGCUCAGCAGGGCUCAAGAGAGGAGGCCAAGAGGAGGGAGCGUGAGGAGGAGAGGAAGAGGAGGCAGGAGGAACGCCGGCAGGAGGAGAUGGUGCAGCAGGAGAUGGCGAAGCUGCGGCGUCAGAUGGAGGAGAGGAGGAGGGGCCUGGAGCAGCUGGCUCGACAGAGGGAAAGAGAGAAAGCAGAAGCACCGAGAGCAACCAGAAAUCUUCAAUCAGCCCCCGUUCUUCUCGCAGAGCAGCAGCACACCGAGCGGCUGCGUCAAGAGCAGAAAGUCCAGUCAAUGAUUCACAUGAGUGACCUCAAGUGUUUACAGAAGCAUUUCUCCGGAUGGUUCUCCGUGGUCUUGAACCAAAGGCUGCGCAUGGGUAAGGCCAGAGCGCUCUGCGAGUGGAAGAUGCGCCUGCGAGCGUGGCGAGGGUGGCGAGCCGUGGUGUGGACUGAACGGCAGCGACGAGAAGAGGCGAGAACAGAACAGGAGCUGCGAACAGAAAAUAGACAAAGCCAACUGGCUGUUGAAAGCGACCGAAGGCGCCUGCUGAGGCGAUGUCUGAAUGAGUGGCGGCUGUGGUGUCGCGGGGAGAAGGAGCGGCGGGAGCUUGUGGCCCAGCAGGAGGAAACCAGGCGCAAAAUGGCUGCCUUGAUCAGCGCUGCAGCGACGGGGAAACUCAGCGUCGCAGAACCGCAGCGAAUAGUGUCCCCACCAGAAGCACCGAGCCAGUCUGAAGCCAAAGCGAAGGAGGAUCAUCGGAGGUCACGUACUUUAACUUCUGAAACUUCCACAUUACAAAAUCGGAGAAUCCCAGCGUUCGGUCUGACUCGGCCCGCUGAGCCGUGGCAGGUAACUCGCCGCCACGCGGCACCGACCGCCGCCGAGCUCCAAGAGUCACGCCAAAGAGGCGAAGCCCGCGGCGAAGCCCGCGGCGAAGCCCGCGCAGAGAACGCCGGGUCUGAGAAGAGAAACGCGGUCCAGCAGCGGAUCAUCACGCAGCAGAGGAAGCUGCUGAGGGAGCAGCAGGAGCAGAUCACCCGCCUGAAGGAAGAGCACAGCCUGAUGGGACUGGAGCUGGAGAUGGAGAAAACCGCGCAGCUGGCCCGGCAGUCGGCGGGCGGAGGCUCAAGACCUCGGGUUUCCAGUUCCGACCCCCGGGUGCAGCAGAGGACGCCGGGGUUUACCGGAGAACCCGACGGCCGGUGUGCGGAGAAAGCUGUGGCGCAGCGGCCAGACCCCCAUCCGAUUAUCAGAGCCAUGGAGGCCCGUGCACGUCGGCGUGCGGAGCGGCGGAAGGAAAUCGAAGAACUCAAGAGAAAGAAAGAAGAGCAAAAGCUGGCUGAAAUGAAAGCCGCCGAGGAGCAGAGGCAGAGGGAGGAGGUGGAGGAGAAACUCCGAGCGGCUGAAAGGCGGAAGGAGGAGAAAAGGCUGGAGAGAGAGAGGGAGGAGGAGAGGAAAAGGCAGCAGGAGCUCCUGAAAGUCGCCCGUCAACACUACCACACCGCCCUGCUGCUCCGGCGGGGCCUGGCGCCAUGGAAACGCCUCAUUCAGCUGAGACAAGACAGCAUGAAGCUGGCUGAGACUCAUCAUAAUCUGCUGCUGCUGAGGCGCUGCAUACUGUAUUGGCAUCAAUCAGCAAGAGAGUCCCUGUCUGAGAAGGAAGCCUGCGCUGACCAGCUGUACCGGUGCUUUUUACUCCGACGGAGCCUAAGCUGCUGGAAGAGACUGAAGGACUUGCGGCUCAUCCAGGAGGAGCGGGCAGAGCGUUUCCAUCGCACGCGCACGCUCAGGAAGUUUCUGCUGGCGCUGCAGACCCACGUGACCCAGGAGAGGCUGGUGGAGAGGGAGCGACAGGAGCUGGCUCGGGAGCACGAUAACAGACGGCUGCUGCAGCGAUGUCUCCUGGCCUGGAGGAAGCUUCCGGAGCUGCUGCGCAAGGAGAGGAAGAGGGAUGAGCGGCGCCGGAGACUGAGCCGCAAAGUGGCCGAAGUUCUGCCCGAUUUCUGCCUCCGUCCACCGCAAAGCCCCCCUGAAGAGAGAAAGCCGAGCGUGGAUGGGAAACCGCAUCCAGAAAACUCGCACACCUCGCAGGAGGCGACUUUUGGAACAUGAAAACGCCUUCACACUUCCCACAUUCAU